AUGCAGCCGCUCCUGCUCCUGUUGACCUUUAUUCUACUCCAAGGAGAUGAGGCAGGGAAGAUCAUUGGAGGCCGAGAAGCCAGGCCCCAUUCCUACCCCUACAUGGCAUUUCUUCUGAUCCAGAGUCCAGAAGGGCUGAGUGCUUGUGGAGGGUUUCUGGUGCGAGAAGACUUCGUCCUAACAGCAGCUCAUUGCUUGGGAAGCUCCAUAAAUGUUACCCUAGGGGCCCACAACAUCCAAAUGCGAGAAAGGACCCAGCAACUCAUCACUGUGCUCAGAGCCAUCCGCCAUCCUGAUUACAAUCCGCAGAACAUCCGGAAUGACAUCAUGCUUCUGCAGCUGAGGCGCAGAGCCCGGAGGAGUGGAUCAGUGAAGCCUGUGGCUCUGCCUCAGGCUGGCAAAAACCUGAAGCCAGGGGAUUUGUGCACAGUGGCUGGCUGGGGCCGCGUGAGCCAGAGCAGGGGAACAAAUGUCCUCCAGGAGGUGCAGCUAAGAGUGCAGAUGGACCAAAAGUGCGCCAAUCGCUUCCAAUUCUACAACAGCCAGACUCAGAUCUGUGUGGGAAACCCGAGAGAAAGGAAGUCUGCCUUCAGGGGUGAUUCUGGUGGCCCCCUGGUAUGUAGCAAUGUGGCCCAGGGCAUCGUCUCCUAUGGAAGCAACAAUGGUAACCCUCCAGCUGUAUUCACCAAGAUCCAGAGCUUCAUGCCCUGGAUCAAAAGAACAAUGAGACGUUUCGCACCGUGA